AUGAAAGCCAUCAGGCAAAGAUCAUAUGAACAAGAAGAAAAUGUGCCUUGUGAUACAAAAAGAUAUAGUAAUACAAAUAAAACAAAAUUAAAAGGAUCUGAAAUUAAAAUUAAUUCAACCCAGUUGUUCCAAAGUAAAGAAAAUCCCUCUCAAAGCAGUUUAUCAACAUUUACUGACGCUGAAGUUGAGGAUACUUUAAAUUUGAUAGCUUAUUACAAUUCUAGAAAUCAAUUAGAAGAGAUAGCGUUUUUAGGUAGCUCUUUUGAUAUACCAAGGAAAGUUAUUCAAGCGAUAAAAUUUUGUUUGCCCUACCAUAGAACAUUAUCUAGAUUUAAGAUAAAAGGACGUCUACACAGAACCUUAUUGCUCGAAAUAAGUAAUAUGUUACCAUAUUCCAAUAUAACUUACGUUUGCCUUGACGAUACUUUUUUACCAAAAUGUAAUUACUACGUUCUUUUGGAACAAAUAAGCAAGUUACAAUAUCUUUCCCUGCGUCGAUGCCAAAUUAAUGAUCAGGCUUGUAAAAUGUUAGCAGAGCUGUUGCAUUUUGAAAAACCCGCCUCUAAAUCUAUUCUCAUACUUAAUUUGGCUUCAAAUUUUAUAAACGAUGUAGGUGCGAAACAUUUAGGAGAUAUGUUAAGGAAUAACCGAACUUUAUUGCAUCUAAACAUUUCGGCCAACAAUAUCACUGAUAAAGGUGCUAAUAAUAUUUUGAAACAUCUACUUUCAUUUCGUUUAAGGCAAGAUGAAUUAUUAAGACUUAAGCAAAGACAACUUAAAUAUUUCUGUAAGAAAGAAGAAGUUCGUAGAAAGUGUGAAUUAGAAAUAUUAAAUCAGUUAAGAGAUGAGGAAAAGGAAAAUUUAAAAUUAGCAGUUUCAAAAUAUGAUAAAAAUGUUGGAAAUUUUUUCACUCAUUUUGCCGUUGUUGAAGAAUCGAUCACGGAACAAGCAGAGAAGAUGUCCAAAAAAUUGCAGGGGAGUUUAAAGAUCCUUUCGACAAUCAUAAUACGAUACAAAAAAAUGAUCAAUUAUAUUCCA